GGAGGUGUAGCUUUCAAGUUGCAGAGCAGUGGUAACUGCUAGUGUCUCUUAGGAGUGUGGUACCUGGAGUUUAGGGACUCCACCGGUGACAAUGACAGCAGAUGAGUUGGUUUUCUUUGUGAAUGGCAGAAAGGUGGUGGAGAAAAAUGCAGAUCCAGAAACAACCCUUUUGGUCUACCUGAGAAGAAAGUUGGGGCUGAGCGGGACCAAGCUUGGCUGUGGAGAAGGGGGCUGCGGGGCUUGCACAGUGAUGCUUUCCAAGUACGACCGUUUCCAGAACAAGAUCGUCCAUUUUUCUGCCAAUGCCUGCCUGGCCCCCAUCUGCUCCUUGCAUCAUGUUGCCGUGACUACUGUGGAGGGAAUAGGAAGCACCAAGACUCGGCUGCAUCCUGUGCAGGAGAGAAUUGCAAAAAGCCAUGGCUCCCAGUGCGGGUUCUGCACCCCUGGCAUCGUCAUGAGCAUGUACACGCUGCUCCGAAAUGAGCCGGAGCCCACCGUGGAGGAGAUUGAGAAUGCCUUCCAAGGAAACCUGUGCCGCUGCACAGGCUACAGGCCCAUCCUCCAGGGUUUCCGGACCUUUGCCCGGGAUGGAGGAUGCUGUGGGGGAAGUGGAGACAACCCAAACUGCUGCAUGAACCAGAAGAAAGACCACACAGUCACUCUCUCCCCAUCUUUAUUCAAACCAGAAGAGUUCAUGCCCCUGGAUCCCACCCAGGAGCCCAUCUUCCCUCCAGAGUUGCUGAGGCUGAAGGACACUCCCCAGAAGCAGCUGCGCUUUGAAGGGGAACGUGUGACCUGGAUCCAGGCCUCCACCCUGCGGGAGCUGCUGGAACUCAAAGCUCAGCACCCUGACGCCAAGCUCGUGGUGGGGAACACGGAGAUUGGCAUUGAGAUGAAGUUUAAGAACAUGCUCUUUCCUCUUAUUGUCUGCCCGGCCUGGAUCCCUGAGCUGAAUAUGGUGACACAUGGACCAGAGGGCAUCUCCUUUGGAGCUGCGUGCCCCUUGAGCUCUGUGGAAAAGAUCCUGGUAGAUGCAGUUGCCAAGCUUCCUGCCCAGAAAACUGAGGUGUUCAAAGGAUUCCUGGAGCAACUGCGCUGGUUUGCAGGGAAGCAGGUCAAGUCUGUGGCGAGCAGGGAGAGAAUGGAUUUCACUGGCGGGCUGUCCUCUGCCCCCUGUGCAACCCCCAGCCUCUCCCUCACGUUGGCCCUCUUCUUCCUGUCUCUACCAGGCACCAGGAGAACUGUUCGGAUGGACCACACCUUCUUCCCUGGCUACAGAAAGACCCUGCUAAGUCCGGAGGAGAUAUUGCUUUCCAUUGAGAUCCCCUACAGCAGGGAGGGUGAGUUUUUCUCAGCAUUCAAGCAGGCCUCCCGGCGAGAAGAUGACAUUGCCAAGGUGACCAGUGGCAUGAGAGUCCUAUUCAAGCCAGGGACCACAGAGGUGAAGGAGCUGGCCCUUUGCUAUGGAGGAAUGGCCGACAGAACUAUCUCAGCCAUCAAGACCACUGCAAAGCAGCUGUCCAAGUUCUGGAAUGAGGAGCUAAUGCAGGAUGUGUGUGCAGGCCUGGCCGAGGAGCUGCACCUGGCCCCUGAUGCCCCUGGCGGCAUGGUGGAGUUCCGGCGCACCCUCAGCCUUAGCUUCUUCUUCAAGUUCUACCUGACAGUGCUUCAGAAGCUGGGCAAAGAGAACCCUGAGAACUGUGGCCUGCUGGACCCCACCUUCACCAGUGCCACUCUGCUCUUCCACAAAGACCCUCCAGCCAACGUCCAGCUCUUCCAAGAGGUUCCCAAAGGUCAGUCUGAGGAGGACAUGGUGGGCCGUCCCAUGCCCCACCUUGCCGCCAACAUGCAGGCCUCCGGGGAGGCAGUGUACUGCGAUGACAUCCCCCGCUACGAGAACGAGCUGUCUCUCCGGCUGGUCACCAGCACCAGGGCCCACGCCAAGAUCAAGUCCAUAGACACUUCAGCAGCUAAGAAGGUGCCAGGGUUUGUUUGCUUCCUCUCAGCUGCCGAUAUUCCUGGGAGUAACACAACUGGACUUUUUAAUGAUGAAGUAGUCUUUGCGGAAAGUGAGGUAACUUGUGUUGGACACAUCAUUGGUGCUGUGGUUGCUGACACUCCAGAACAUGCACAGAGGGCAGCUCAAGGGGUGAAAAUUACCUAUGAGGACCUUCCGGCUAUUAUCACCAUUGAGGAUGCUAUAAAGAACAACUCCUUUUACGGAUCUGAGCUGAAGAUCGAGAAAGGAGACCUCAAGAAGGGGUUUUCCGAAGCAGAUAAUGUUGUUUCAGGAGAGUUGUACAUCGGUGGCCAGGAGCAUUUCUAUCUGGAGACUCACUGCACCAUUGCUGUCCCGAAAGGAGAGGCCGGGGAGAUGGAGCUCUUUGUGUCUACCCAGAACACCAUGAAGACACAGAGUUUUGUUGCGAAAAUGUUGGGGGUUCCAGAAAACCGGAUUGUAGUCCGAGUGAAGAGAAUGGGAGGAGGCUUUGGAGGGAAGGAGACCAGGAGCACUAUACUGUCUACAGCAGUGGCCUUGGCUGCAUACAAGACAGGCCGCCCCGUACGCUGCAUGCUGGACCGUGAUGAGGACAUGCUGAUAACUGGUGGCAGACAUCCCUUCCUGGCCAGAUACAAGGUUGGCUUCAUGAAGACUGGAAAGGUCGUGGCUCUGGUGGUAGACCACUUCAGCAAUGCUGGAAACACCGAGGAUCUCUCUCGGAGUAUAAUGGAACGAGCUCUAUUCCACAUGGACAACUGCUAUAAGAUCCCCAACAUCCGGGGCACAGGGCGGGUGUGCAAGACCAACCUGCCCUCCAACACGGCCUUCCGGGGCUUUGGGGGUCCCCAGGGGAUGCUCAUUGCAGAGCAGUGGAUGAGUGAAGUCGCAGUGACCUGUGGGCUGCCAGCGGAGGAAGUGCGGAGGAAAAACCUGUACAAAGAAGGGGACCUGACACACUUCAACCAGAAGCUUGAGGGGUUCACCCUGCCCAGGUGUUGGGAUGAAUGUCUAGCAAGCUCUCAGUAUCACGCUCGGAAACGUGAAGUCGACAAGUUCAACAAGGAGAAUUGUUGGAAAAAGAGAGGACUGUGCAUAAUCCCAACCAAGUUUGGAAUAAGCUUCACUGUGCCUUUUCUGAACCAGGCAGGAGCCCUGAUUCACGUGUACACAGAUGGCUCUGUGCUGCUGACCCAUGGGGGCACUGAGAUGGGCCAAGGCCUGCACACCAAGAUGGUCCAGGUUGCCAGCAGAGCUCUGAAAAUCCCCACCUCCAAGAUUUACAUCAGUGAGACGAGCACUAACACUGUGCCCAACACCUCUCCCACGGCUGCCUCUGUCAGCACUGACAUCAACGGUCAGGCUGUUUACGCAGCCUGUCAGACCAUCCUAGAAAGGCUGGAACCCUUCAAGAAAAAGAAUCCCAAAGGCUCCUGGAAAGACUGGGUCAAAGCUGCCUACGAGGAUGCAGUGAGCUUGUCUGCUACUGGGUUUUAUAAGACACCCAACCUUGGCUACAAAUUCGAGACAAACUCCGGGAAUCCCUUCCACUACUUCACCUAUGGGGUGGCUUGCUCUGAAGUAGAAAUUGACUGCUUAACAGGGGAUCAUAAGAACCUCCGCACCGAUAUUGUCAUGGAUGUUGGCUCCAGUUUGAAUCCUGCCAUUGACAUUGGACAGGUGGAAGGGGCAUUUGUCCAGGGCCUUGGCCUCUUUACCCUGGAGGAGCUGCACUACUCCCCCGAGGGCAGCCUGCACACCCGCGGGCCCAGCACCUAUAAGAUACCUGCAUUUGGAAGCAUCCCCAUUGAAUUCAGGGUGUCCCUGCUCCGUGACUGCCCCAACAAGAAGGCCAUCUACGCAUCCAAGGCUGUUGGGGAGCCGCCCCUCUUCCUGGCUGCCUCCAUCUUCUUCGCCAUCAAGGAUGCCAUUCAGGCAGCUCGAGCUCAGCGGGCAGAUUAUAGUACGAAGCAACUUUUCCAGCUGGACAGCCCUGCCACCCCGGAGAAGAUCCGCAAUGCCUGUGUGGACCAGUUCACCACCUUGUGUGUCACUGGAGCACAGGAGAACUGUAAGCCCUGGUCUCAGAGGGUCUGAAGAGAAAGUCCCCAGCAGAGUGUUCUUGUGCUACAGUGGAGCUUCCAUGGAGCAGGAAGCACAUACUACAAAACCCAAAUCUGUACAAGCUGGACAACAAAGCUGUGAUUCAGCAGGAAGAACUGGAAUGCAUUGGAAGAUUUUGAAAAAAUAUGAUUUGCAAACAAUGAUGAUCAAAUUUAGAACUGUGAAGCCUAAGAGGCAGAGAGGCAGUUGGGGUCAUUUCAAGAAUGAUGAUUUUUCUAGAAUGUUCUGGGGCAAGUCUGUUUUAAUCAUGGAUUUGGGGAAGGUUUAGGAAGUGUUUGUGCGAUGUCCCCACUCACUGGACAGCCUGUGUAACCUCAAGUGCUAAUGGUGUCUGUCCCUCCAAGAGGAUUCCCACAAACCUCCAGAAACUUAAACCAAAGUUGUUCUAAAUCUGAGUGCCUUCCUCAGGAAGCCUUUCCUUCAAACCAACGAUUACCAUCUUAUAACCUCAACCAUACUCACAUUUUACAACGAAACAGUGAGGUGAGAUUAAAACCUCUAACUACCUUUGCGUCACUAGAGAAAAUAAUAAAGAAUGAAGGAAAUCCAGGGUUAAUUGUAUCUAAUUUUGUUAAUCUGCAUAAAGUAAAAUUACUCUAUAACACAAAAAUCCAACUGUCUCACUUACUGGGAACCUGCAAUGUGCUAGAUUUCUUCCCUUUGUGUAUUUCAAAAAAGAUCAAAUUUAAGAUCAGAUUUUCAUUUGAAGCCAGAGUAAAUCUCACCUGGAAAUGAUGCUAUUGAAAUCAAUACCAGCCAGAGGGAAAGUGAGGAGGCCUGGGUGCUCAUCCAGGCUCUGUCCCUGCCUGUGUGACCUUGGAAUGUCAUUCCCCCCUUUCUGUGUUUCAUUUUACUGCAAAAUGAAAGGAUUGGAUGGGAAUAAUCUCUGAGAUCUUCUUCUGCUCUAAGUCUAUAAAUACAUGACCUGAAAACUCUAGUUAUAUAAGGGACCUGCAGCUAUCAAAGACUUGGCUCUCUUACUAAGAAGCAAUGUCUGGGCUGAAUGAACUCCACUUAAAAUCCCUCAAGCUCUUGCGGUUGGUAAAGAACAGAAGAGAGACAAACGUCUCCUUUGGUUUCUCCAACAGGUGAUUUCACCACAACGUAGUACUGGGUGGCCAACGAGACAUUGUCAUGUGCCUUCACUGUCCAAAAUAUCCAGCCUGCCAGACAGAGUCUGUGGUUCUGGCCAUAGAAGGAGCACGAUGGAAACUGUGCAGUUGAGCUGGUGCUUGAUGUCACUAAUAAAUGAAACUGUCAGCUGGU